AUGACCAAAACCAACACCCUCACCACCUACCGCUCCCUCCUUCGCGAACUACCACGUCGCUCGCUCUCCUCGCCGACACCACUUCACCAGCGAAUCCGGGCACUGUAUCGACAACCGGUGGAAGCAACAGUACCGCAAAAGAUGAAGAUGGUUGAGGAGGAGCUCUCGCGACGACUGCAAGAGGCGGAACAGAUGGCGCUCUAUGCGCGGUCGCAACGCCAGUAUGUCGCUCUCCUCGAACGGUAUAAUCCCGGCAUGUCAUUAGAUGAACAGGAGAAGAUCCGGUUGACGGCAAGACGAGUGGGGUUGGAUAUACCGGCUGAGGUUGAGGAUGCUAAUAAAAAGACGAAUACGGAGUGA